AUGAAGGGGUACGUCGUCGGAUUACGGCAAUCCCCCCAGAAAAGUCAGGCAGCAAUCCAAAAAGAAUGUGUGGUGCAAUCUGUUACCGUUGCCAUUGAACACGCCACAACAGGCACGUUGCCAUGGAUUGUAGUCCUCACGUGGUUAGAUCUUUUGGAGAACUUAUUAGAGAAUGCACAGGGUGAUAUUCGUAUCAGUAACCUUGUGCCUGGGCUCUGGAGCACUAUUAUGGGGCAUUCUAGGGGCAGCAGCAGUGUCUCUGCUACAGCACUCUGCGCUGAACUACGCAUCCUUCAGCUGUUGUUGAAGUACGCUCCAGUUGAGAUGAAGGGCGCGCUGCGGAAGCACCUGCCGCAUCCAGUGAAGUAUCAUUCUGUUGCGGCACGAGUUUGCGGGUUGAAAUGUAUGCCAUGGAUUGUGGCGAAUCUUCCAUCCUCGGCGCUCACUCAAGAAUUUCUUAGAUAUAUACAGAGAGGUCUAACAAGUGGUGUAUGGCCAGUGCAAGAGGCGGGUAUAGCGGCUGUACGAACUAUUAUGGAGUUAGGAGUAGACAUCGAUGCUGCUAUGGGGCACCAGCUCAUGGAGCUUCUCGCGACUACGUGCAAUGACGCCCCUUUUGCUUCCCUAAAGUCGCAGGAAGACGCGGGUAUUGCGUUGGGGUACCUCCUGUUGCUCAGUCAGUGUGGCUUCAAGCAUCGAAAAGUGACCCCGGCGGUCUCAUGGGACGAGGAGCUCUCAUGGGGUUGGCUGGGAGGCUCAACCUCUGACGAGGCUCAUCGCGUGACGCGUUGCCUCUUUCAUUCACACAUGUCACGCGUGAUGCAGCAAGUCCUCGCGAUCGCCAUUUCGGUCCUUUUUCGCGUUGGGUGUAGCGAUUCCACUCUAAGCGAGGCAUUACGUUCCGCCUUUGUGUUGCUGGUUCCAGUACCGGGCGAUUCGCGGACCUAUAUGCCUCGAUUGCUUGCGAACGCCCUUAGGGACUGGGCGUUGCAACUGCCAACCCACACCCAUCGGUUGGCUUUGGUGAACUGUGUGCGCAAAUAUGUUCGGAGCAUUGCUGAGGAUAAAUCGGUGGUGCGUACGGCAGUGAUUGCGCUGGAUAUGAUCGUGCCUACCCUUGUCUCGCCACGGGAGCUGAACGUCAGCUUUGAGAAAGACUUACUUCUUGCGUUCGAGGCCCAUCCGUCUCUGCUCGAACAUGUGAGCAACAUUCUAGGUGUUAUGGGGGCUCAAAUCCCCGACUCAUUUUGCCAGCACAGAUUAUUGCACAACUUCGUUCAGUCAAGUCAAUGUAUUUCGAACGCUGAGGGUGGUGAGCUCUCACGGGACUUUGUUCUAUGGACCAAGGCAGUACUCGUUGCCCUUCGGGAAGGUAAAACCGAUGGUGAGGCUUCAGUCGCCAUGAUAGGGCCUAUUCUCACAGUAGUUUUCCAACUAAGUUACGAUGAGUUGGCAUCCGUAUAUGGAGAGAAUGAUAAAUUUAAGCGAGCUGAACUCUUUUUCAUGUUAAUAAAGGUCCUUCUAGAGUGUUUUUGUCAUUAUGUUUCUAGCUUUGUGAAGGCACAACUGGAGUUAGCCGUGAAACGCCUUAUGUUCUCCUUGGUUAACACUCCUUCCAAAUCGUCUGCGUACUGCCGGGUGGCCUAUGCAGCCUGUAGUCUGCUUACCAGCAGCAGUUUUUGCGAUACGCCCACGGACACACAACGUAUGCUAUGCAUCGGAUUACUGGAGGGCCAGCUAAUGGAGACAUCACGCCCCUUGCAUGAGUCGGAUAGCUCAGCUAAAACCGACAGUAGCCUUUUUCAAAGGGAUAUGCACAAGCUAAAAGGGGAAAUCUACAAUGUCAUUGCCAAGGGUCCAUGGAAGCCGUGCCCUGAUGAGGGGAGUCUUCGGUGGCUGGUAACUCAAGCACUCAACGACCUCGAGAAAGCAUGUAAGGAUAGUGUGCCGGUUUGUUUGGAGGACAAGGAACUUUUCCCUUCUGCUGCAGCCUCAUAUUUACGAAGCUCCCGUUGCAUUCUUCCAACAGCAAUGGACAUGGCUUAUGCUAAAAGCCUCGAGCAAGCAGUGCGCCUGGUGGGUUGGGGCUUCCAUCACUUUGCAUCGGUCGAUACAACAAGGAGUCGUGACUUCUGCAACGAGAUCCUAAAUCGACUGAAGGCGAUUGCAGAGACGCAAAUGCAUGCAAACAUACUAGAUACAGGGUCCCUCUCUUCCUCCAGGAGUGGCAAUCACACGAAACAUGGGGCUGCAGAUCCCAAUACUAUCACCACAUGGAACCUUUUGGUAUGUUGGAUUAUGUUAUUUAAUAGUACCUUAAGGAGAGGCGUAGACUCAUCGUUGUCCGGUCUCUUUCGUACAGGCUGGACCACCAACUUCUUGUCAAGCUUACAGGGGCUUGAAAAGAUCACCAGCAGUUGCAUUGAUUCAAACCUUUUCGAUCUAAAGGUGCUUGCAUGCAGGGUCCUUGGCUUCACAUGGUGUCUGUUGGACCAAGCUGAUAUUGUUACAACCAAGAUGGGACAGGAGGGUCCUCCUAGCACCGAUAGGGUACUAGCCAUCGUGGAGGCGCACGCUUAUUGUGGCCUCACAGGUCAGCCCACAGCAACGCUACCGAUAGUCAUUUCGUUUGUGAGUGAGUUACCUAAGCAUUAUUCUCUACCCAAUGACCCGUGCUCACUCUCUGAACUUACUAUCCUCACUGCCUUCAUUCGUCUCGCUGAGGUUUACCCUUUGGAGAGCGCUGAGCGGCUUCCAGCGGCUUUAGGCAAUUGCUUUCUUGCACCUAUGCCUCCCUCCAUUGACCCCCUCGUGCUAUCCCUCAGCCUUGUGUUCUUUUCGCUGUUGUCUCCUCUGGCGGACACUUUCGUUCGGGAUGGCCUGUCGGACCUUAUUACUGCUUGCAUGAGGCACGCCGUGACAUGGAAACGACCGCCAUAUCAAAUGGACGAAAUCGAGGACGGCGCCAAUGUAAGCCUUGUGGGGCGCAUGUUGCACUAUUACCAAACGCCAGUGCUACCUUCGGAUUCAAACAAAAUAAAUACGUACAUUGUAGUCUCAGAGCGAUUAUGGGAAUUGGUAUGUAAUAACAACUCUUGCAAUAACAGCGACAUUAAGGGUGCAACUUCUUUUCAAAGUCUUGCUGUGCGGAGAACUUUAGUGCUGCGCCAUCUUCCGGAUUGUUUUCUACGUCGUGCAGCCCAACUUUGGACUGAAUACCACACAGAGAUGUUCACAGCAGGUUCUCGCAUUCCGAUGAAUUUGUUGGAAGUAGCGCGACUAGUAGACUUUGCUUCAACGAAGGAAACUCGACAAGCUUGGCUUAAAGUAGGCCAGAUCAUACUUCAACAUCACGUGGACACCAUGCACACUCAAAAGUCAUCAAUCUGCUUACAACUCAUUCAAGACAUUCGCGAGUUGCUGUUAGCGCGUUCAUCAAGUUUUUCUGCAGUCACUUCUUUUUCACCCAGGGGGGUCUUUCCCACAAGAUCACAUAAUCAUGGUGUUAAGAUAAUCGGUUCUGAUGACUUUGAAGGUGAGCAGAGCUUUUUGGGAGAGGAUCCAAUGAAAGGCGGACGGGCGAAAGGAUCUUGUAAGAAGAACCAACAUGAAACCACAACGGUGCGGCGCAACUCAGGUGAGGUGUCGUGUGAUCUGCCUGCCAAGGAAUUUGCAUUGCGGAUGCUUGUCUGUUUACUCUCAUUGCUCCCAACGGCCACCGCGGAGAUGCAUCACGCCUAUCUGAAUCUCGUAACCAUCUCAGGUUCUUUGGUUGAAACGUUUCCAGACCUUUUGGGCAGCGUAACCGACUUACUCAUAGACGUCCUAACCCACUAUAAUGAAAGCUAUGAGGAUGAUCCCGAGGAUAGACUAGUUUUCAUAACUGAGCGCAAAAUUCCAUUACUUUCGUGUGUAAAAACACUCAUACGACUUUCCGUAUUUCGAGUGGCAAGGGGGUGUGAACUAGCAAGAGUUUUUGUUCACAGCAAACUUGCUGAUGACGCUAGUAUGCUGCGUAUUGUUCAAAGCUUGUCGCUACUUCUGACCACCUUGGACUCUUUAAAUAAUGGCGACAGGACCCCCGAGAAAAAGCGGAGCGACUAUGACGAGGUGGCUGAAGGAGGGGGCCGUCUUAUCAUCCGAAGCCGAGCGUCUGGUCUUGUGGCGACGGAGCUGUCUCGAAUCGCGGACUACGCGGAGUCUCAUGGCUGGACGGAAACGGCCUGCGCUGCCGUGCACAGCCUGCACUCUCCGGCUGGGCAAUCAGCCCUCUUUUCGUUGUGCGCGCAUUUUGUUUCACUGAUGUCCAUGUUCAAUGGCUACCAGGCCCCACCAACGUUGAUCUAUUCGGGUCCACCAGAUGUGGAUCUCGAGCUUGUAAACGUGGAUGCCGCGCUUGCGGCUGUGGCGUGCGUAGCACAGAAGAGGGUCGAGGGCGAGCAGGGACUGGGCCCCGGGCUGCGCUAUGCCGUAGGCUGCCUCUGCUGUAUCCUGAUAGCAACUGAAGGUACCCGCUUGCAUAUGUUGCCAAGUUUGGCUAGAAAUCUUCUGAUUCUACAUCAAGAUAUCCUUGCGCAGGUAGCGUACAACGCAUUGAUGAGCGACGGUUCAGAAUCGAAUGCUCCCUUGUUACUUUGUAUCCUAGCUCAGACCACAGGUGUCACGAAGACAAAUGCUAUGGCAGAGAAUCUGCUAAGCUACUGUGAAAGACGAUACACCUCCACAGCGCAGCCGCUACCUGUCACGGUGGUAGAGUCUCUGUUGCACAUUUUCUUCACCAUCAAAGACGACCAAUCCGAGGCGCUUGUGUCUAUAUCCAAGCUCCUUUGGUUGCUUCCAGUAGACUACCUAUUCCUGUCGCCAUCUAUGAGUCUUGGUAGAGCGGCACUAGAGUUCUGCCGUUCCGUCAAGGUUGGCCACACAUCUGGACCUCAACAGAGGGAAGUAUUGGAAAAAUUGGCACUAUCGGGAACUAGUGGGCUGAUUUUGAGCGAGUUAGUGUGCGGGUACCAUCACCGACAGACGUUAUUGGAAACCCCGCCCAUCCCAUACUGGUGUUCCGUGUUGGAGGCACAGGAGCCCUCUCAGCACAUUGCCCGACUUCUCGUUCAGGCGUACGCUGAGACGGAUGAUCCCUUAGCACUCACAGUGUGCCUCAUCUCGCCCAUGACCCCUUUUGUAAAGGCAAUAAACAUCAUAGCUGCGAUCGUGAGUGUUGAGUGUGUUGACUUUUUCGUUAAAUGUCACAGCUCUCUGUGUUACAUUUUUGAGUUUUUACUUUUUCACAUCACACCAAACGACGGUAUAUCCGUACAGGAGCGUAUGACGAUAGUCAUACAGGUACUGACUGCCCUUCUGACAAGUGGGCCGCACCAACGCAUGAUUCGGUCUGCACUUCGGUCGGUUGGUGCAAGCCUCGUGCAGCGGGUCGCUAGGAAUAGCCCGGCAGAGUUUCGCGCAGCAAUACAGUCACUAGAGAGGGAGAAGGUCAUGAUACUACGGAGUUUCAUGGAAACAUCCGUGCUGUAG